AUGUUGUGCAGGGCCGGGGAAAUUAAUGAGGCUUUUAGGCUUCCUGAGGAUUUAAGGAGUUUUGGUUGUUUGCCGGAUGUAGUUAGUUAUAAUACUCUUAUGCAUGGAAUGUGUCGAAUUAGUGAGGUAGAUAGAGCUAGAGGUUUAUUGAAUGAAGUUUGUUUGAAGAGGGAAUUGGCUCCUGAUGUUGUUAGUUACACGACAGUGAUAUUGGGUUAUUGCAAGUUGAGUAGGAUGGAGGAAGGGAGUUUACUUUUUGAUGAAAUGGUUAGGAGUGGAAUUGAGCCUAAUACAUUGACUUUUAAUGCUCUUAUUGAUGGUUUUGGUAAGUUGGGGGACAUGGGUUCUGCGCUGGCCAUGUAUGAGAAGAUGGUUUUUUGUGGUUGUCCUCCUGAUGUUGCUACCUUCACUUCCUUGAUUAAUGGAUAUUUUCGAGUUGGGCAGGUGAAACUGGCGAUGGAAAUGUGGUGUGAAAUGAAUGGUAGAAAUAUUUUUGCAAGUUUGUAUACGUUCUCAGUUCUCGUUAGUGGCCUAUGCAAUAAUAACAGACUAAGUGAAGCUCCGGACAUUUUGAGACUAUUGAAUCAGAGUGGCGUUGUUCCGCAGCCAUUUAUCUAUAAUCCUGUUAUUGAUGGAUAUUGCAAAUCUGGCAAUGUUGACGAGACUAAUAACAUUGUCGAAGAAAUGGAGGGGAAUAGUUGCAAGCCUGAUAAGUUGACAUAUACAAUUCUUAUUAUUGGGCAUUGUAUGAAAGGGAGAAUGCUUGAAGCAAUUGGUGUCUUUGAUAAGAUGUUGGCAGUUAGUUGUGCCCCCGAUGAAAUCACUAUAAAUAAUUUAAGAUCUUGUCUUUUGAAGGCUGGAAUGCCUGGUGAAGCUGCCCGCGUCAAGAAAGCGCUUGGUUAG